AUGGUUGUGUCCAAGUGGUCUCCGAUUACUGAAAGGGCUCUACCGGAGGAAAAGUCCAUCCCAUUAUGGGUUCAUCUGAAGAAAGUUCCCUUGCAUAUGUACUCAUUGGAAGGGCUCAGUUUUAUUGCCAGUGCGGUAGGUACUCCGGUCCGGUUGCACCCUGAAACACGGGCCUGCUCAAACUUUGAUGUGGCAAAAGUCUUUGUCAAUGCGGAUCUAACAAAAGUGCCUCCUACAAGCAUCUGCUACUCGAAAUCUGGUACAGACUUCUCUGUUAAUUUCCACUAUCCAUGGUUGCCGCCUAGACGCUCUGUUUGUGAGAAGUGGGGUCAUCUGGCAGCUCGAUGUGUGGUUAAUAAAGAUCCUGCGGUCAUCACGCCUCCUGGAUUAAUUCAAACACAGGUGGGAGAGCCAGAGGUUACUCCACCUUCCGCUGUUUCAGCUGUUGUGAUAUCGGACCAACCUACUGGCUCUGCUUCACCUAUGGGGAAACAACUAUCACUAGAGGUCACAGAUAAGAGGGUCUGUGCUACUGUUGCUUAG